AUGGAGGCCCCUCGGACGCCAACUCAUAAGACCACCCGUGAUCAACGCAUCGCCGCGCGCACACUACGCGCUCAAGGGUAUACUUACGCUCAGAUUGCUUCGGCAUUAAAGAUUACUCAACGUCAGGUCCAAAAAGCCUGUUCAGAUGAGAGGCCUACCCCACGGAAGGCUCCUGGCCAACGUCGAAAGCUCUCUGACGAACAGCUCGAUGAGAUCAUCGAGUUUAUCUCAUCUUCCAAUAUAAGACGACAGAUGCCUUAUUCGAAGGUGAUUGAAGAACUGCAACUGCCAGUUAGUCCGGAGACUCUACGAAGAGCUCUUGCUCGACGGGGUUAUCACCGGUGUAAGGCCCUUGAAAAGCCUCCUUUAUUUGAGCGUUCAUAA